GCUUCUUUGUUGAUGUGACUGUUGAACUGUUUUGUCUCCAGAAUGAUUAGAUGUCUCACAGCUCCUCCUGUUGGAAUGUUAAAUAAGCAAAGUUCUUUGCCAUAUUAAUUGUAGUGGAACAAUAUUUCAUAUAACCUGUAACCAGCCUGUGAAGCACUGUGCUGCUAAAUCACUUUUCACUUAAAAGCCAGAGAAGAAAGCAAGCUUCAUUUCCUUUCCUAAUUUGUGUUGUUGAGCAGGGUGUUCGGAAUUUUGCAAGCACUGAAAUAAACAUGGCAUGUUCAUAAUGCACUGUCUUCCCAAGAAGAUGGGAAGACUGAUUUAAGAAGGUCCAUUGGGCCACGGCUUGUGUUGAGAAUGACAUUAGGAGCAGAAAUUACUAGCCAGCUCAAGGCUUCUUCAUACAUAGCAUCAGGACGAAACCUUUUGAGAUGGGACCUGUCACCAGAGGAAAUUAGAACAAGAACAGAAGAACUUAUCAGGAAGACAAAGCAUGUAUAUGACAGUGUCGGGAUGCUUGAAAUCGAAGAAGUAACACAUGAAAAUACUGUAAGGGCUUUGGCAGAUAUAGAAGUAGAAUAUGCAGUGGAAAGAAGCAUGUUGGAUUUUCCCCAGCACAUCUCCACUGACAAAGAGAUACGCUUAGCAAGUACAGAAGCUGACAAAAAACUGUCAAAUUUUGAUGUGGAGAUGAGCAUGAGAGAAGACGUGUUUCAGAAGAUUGUUUAUUUACAGCAAACCUGUGAUCUUGAAAAUGUAAAACCUGAAACAAAGCGAUAUCUAGAGAAGUCUAUUCAAGUCGGGAGAAGAAACGGACUCCAUCUUCCUAAAGAAGUGCAGAAAGAAAUAAAGGCAAUGAAGAAAAAAUUGAAUGAGCUGUGUAUAGACUUUAACAAAAACCUGAAUGAGGAAAACACAUUUCUUGUGUUUUCUAAGGAAGAACUUGAUGGCCUUCCGGAUGACUUUAUUAACAGUUUAGAGAAGACUGAGAAAGACAAAUAUAAGGUUACCUUAAAAUACCCACACUAUUUUCCUGUUAUGAAGAAGUGCUGCAUUUCAGAAACCAGAAGAAAAAUGGAAUUUGCCUUUAACUCAAGAUGCAAAGAGGAGAACACAAAAAUUCUGCAGCAGUUGCUCCCACUAAGGGCAAAAGUAGCAGAACUUCUUGGUUAUAAUACACAUGCCAACUUUGUCCUGGAGGUAAACACUGCAAAGAGCACAGACAACGUAACAACCUUUUUAGAUGAUUUGAGUAAAAAGCUAAAGCCUUUGGCUGAGGAAGAAAGACAAUUCAUUCUAGAUCUGAAGAAGAAGGAAUGUAAAGAAAGAAAUUUUGAUUAUGACGGGAGAAUCAAUGCAUGGGAUCUUCAUUAUUAUAUGAGCAAAACUGAAGAGCUGAAGUACUCCAUAGAUCAAGAAAAACUGAAGGAAUACUUCCCAAUUGAGGCUGUUACAGAAGGCUUACUGAAUAUUUACCAGAAGCUGCUGGGACUUGAAUUUGAGCAAAUAGAAAGUGCUCAUGUUUGGCACGACAGUGUUACUCUUUAUACAGUAAAGGAUAAAUCAACAGGAGAAAUGCUAGGGCAGUUCUAUUUGGAUCUUUACCCCAGAGAGGGAAAGUAUGGGCAUGCAGCCUGCUUUGGUCUACAGCCUGGCUGUCUUCUCUCUGAUGGCAGCAGAUUGAUGUCUGUAGCUGCUCUGGUAACCAACUUCACAAAGCCAACAUCAGAUCGUCCAUCAUUGCUGCGACAUGAUGAAGUGAAGACUUACUUCCAUGAAUUUGGUCACGUAAUGCAUCAGAUAUGUGCACAGACUGAUUUUGCAAGGUUUAGUGGAACUAAUGUGGAAACAGACUUUGUAGAGGUACCUUCACAAAUGUUUGAGAACUGGGUGUGGGAAAAAGAGCCACUACAACAGCUGUCAAGACAUUAUAAAGAUGCAACCCAUGUUGGAGACACUCUUCUGGAGAAACUUGCUGCCUCUAGACUUGCUAAUACAGGACAUCUAACCCUCCGUCAGAUUGUUCUGAGCAAAGUUGACCAGGCACUGCACACAGAGCUGUCUGUUGACCCAGCAGACGAAUAUGCUAAAUACUGUAUGGAGAUUCUAGGAAUUCCUGCCACCCCAGGAACAAACAUGCCAGCUACUUUUGGACAUUUGGCAGGUGGUUAUGAUGGUCAAUACUAUGGAUACCUGUGGAGUGAAGUGUUUUCCAUGGAUAUCUUUUACAGCUGCUUUAAGCAAGAAGGAAUAAUGAAUCCAAAGGCUGGGAUGAAAUACAGAAACCUCAUCUUGAAACCUGGAGGAUCUUUGGAUGGAAUGGAUAUGCUACAAAAUUUCUUGAAGCGUAAACCAAGCCAAAGAGCUUUCCUAUUGAGUAAGGGAUUACAUGUUCAGUAAAGUUAUGAUUCUUCUGUAAUGGCAUUUAAGUAUGGACUGAACUGGAAAUAUCAGUGUAUUUCACAUUUUAGCUAUGUAUAAUUCUAGGGAAACUGGGUCAUUUUUUGAUGAUUUUUUAAAAUUGUAUAAAUAAAAAUGUGACUUUUAAAACAAAAAUUCAUAGAACUACAAAAUUCAGCACAUCAGGGAAAAAAUUCUGAGAUGUGCAGAAGCUGAGGAAUUUGGAUGGUAAUUUUUUUAAACUGUUAUGAAAUAAUAUGAAUUAAUACUAAUCAAUAUGAGGAGUUAAUGCCAUGUUUCUCUUUUAAGACAUGCGCUUAAAUUAUGUCUUGUGAACUAAUUUUAAAACUGAAGGGGAUAAAAAGAAUACAACCAGCAAUAAAGGAAACAGAUUCAUUCGUAUUCUCUAUUCUCUCUUGUAUUGAUGGCUCACCAGUGUCUCUGAUGGAUAGGAAGUGUUUGAUUUUGUCUUUGUUUGAAUUCAGUCCAGCUACCUGACAAAUCUGAAGUCUGAGAACCUGCGCCAGAUACCUUUACAGCAGAGAUGUUUUUGUCAUACUUUAGACCUAAUUCUGAAGCAUUGUACCAUUUAUAUACUUAUAUAGUGUAACUAAAAAGGGAAAAAUCAGCCAAAAUCUGUGGCUGAUUUUUCUGUUAUUCCACCACUCUUUUUGUUGAUGACCACAAAUCAGGUCUUUGUUUUCCAAAUUAUAUCAACACCGGCACUAAAAUAUUGUACUUGGGCAAUUAUAAUGGCUUCAGUUGGUUUCUUAAGUAUUUUGACAUACAAAUAAGGAAGGAAGGAAAUAAAAUAUCCCUAAUGGGAAUGAUAAAAGCCAAUUAAAAGUUUUUCUGUUCCUUUCUGGUAUGGCAUGCAGAAAUGCUACAAAAAAAGUGCAAUAGAUUUAAUAGUUUCAGCUAUAGGAGUGUGAAAGUAAUUGAAGUAUUUAUCUGCAGUUUUUAUGCAAAAUUAGGAAAAAUUAGUUUUAGAAGCCAACUCUACAUCAUCCUAAUAAAACUGUUAAUCCAA